CAAAGUGUGUGUAUUAAAAAACAAAGUUGGCCAACACAGCCACACGGAAAGUCCAGCCCAUGUAUUUAUAUAUGCCCCCACGCAACUCUCCAACUUGGUUUUUGUGUUUUGCGACUUUCUGUGGCCAUCCUUCUCACUCCUAUUCCCCCUAUUUAUCUCUCUCUCUCUCUCUCUCUCUCUCUCGACCACCACAACAUGCCAAUCGAGCGCAGUGGUGACGCAGCCAUCCCAGAGUGUUGCAUGUGCGGUGAUCCUGGCUUCUCUGAUCAGCUCUUUCAGUGCAAAUUCUGCCAUUUCAGAUCUCAGCACAGAUACUGCAGUAAUCUGUACCCCAAGGCCCGGUCUUAUGCUACUUGUAAUUGGUGUCUGAUUCAGACCGACCAAAUCGCUGACAAGUCCCCCAAUUCUUCUAAUUCCUCUUCGUCUUUUAAGGAUAACAGCGGCAACGCCGCCGGUGAGAGCCGGAACAAGAAAACCAAGAGCGGUAUUGAUCACGGCGCUCAGUUAAUUGGCAGCAAGAGGGCAAUCCAACUGAUCAAACCCGACAUCAAUAAGCGGAGAUCGCCGGAGGUGAAAUCGCCGCCACCCACGUCGCCACCUGUAUUGGUUUCGACCCGCAAGAGGAUCAUCACGAAUGGCGAUUUAGAGGAACGGCUGAGGAGGACUAAAUCGGAGGAGAUGUCCACCAGAAAUAAGAAUGGGAUCACCAAACAGGUUUUCAGGAACAAGGUCAGGAGGUAUAAGCUUCUAGACGAGGUUAUCAGUUAAAUAUCAAAACCAGUUUUUAUCAGAGGAAAAAAAAAAAACAGAAGAAAAAGCGCCUUGAUUUCUGUUCUCUUGUGGGUUUUUCUCUCUUCUACUUUUUUCCCGAUACAAUGUACAGAAAACACAGUGAAAUGAAAAGAACCAUUAUAAACUCCAAAUGUUUGCGUUUUCUCUUGGGAAGUCAACAUAAGUAGCAAGGGAAGGUAGGACCGAAUGUGAGAAUUACAGUAUUUGUAUGAAUCAGACGGCAUCUCGAUUGGAAAAGAGAGAAAGCAAAGCACAGACGAAAUAGCAAAUAUGGCAAGCAUAUAUACAUACAUAUCAGUGAGUGAUGGGGGAAUAAUUAAGGUGUGGGGUUUAGGGGUGAAGAAGAGAGAGUGAUGGGAGAAGGGAAAACGAAGGAAUGGACGUAUGCGUUAGCAAGGGUUGCCCAGGAAACACGUCUUUGCAUGGAAAAAGUCACAGAGAGGGUUUUCGUGAAGUCGCUGGAAGCAUCCGGUACGCGCUUUUAACUCGGCCUUUUGGCGUUGGGCCUUCCCUUCAUUUCGGUCGACGGCGACACGCAGAAUCAAUCAGUCUUCAACUUUACGCCAGUCGUUACGACUCCAUAUAUGCUUAAUUAUGCUUUUACCUGUUCAGAAUAUUUGGAUGUUCCCAGUGGGGAUUGCUCCGAUUCCUAGGAAACAAUAUCGUGGUAAUAAUAAACAUGCGUGUGUGUGCGCGCGCGUGUUGUGUGGGGGGGGGGGGAGCUCAUUUUAUGAAGGGCUAGGGAUGGAUUCGUCGAGGAGAAUAAGUUGACUUGGGAAAUUAAAGUGGAUGUUGAAAUAAAACGAUCCAUUUAGCUUUUCGU